AGGUGGUGGCUGUUGUGCUGUAUUUUGUUCGUCUUUUGUUUGCGGUUAGUUACCGGCAAGUUUGAAGCAGGGAAGUUAGAGACAGACAAGAAUUGGGUAUUUUUGACCAAAUUUUGUUUCCUACCUGAGAGAGGACAGAUCAGCUAUCAUAUCAGAUACCCCAAGGAAAAACAUGAAAUAAAUUUGCUAUUUUACUAUGAUGAGAAGAAUCAGUGGCCCUCAGUGUACAAGAAUAACUCAAAGAACUGUUGGAGUAAAGAAGCAGUGGCUGCUACUGGAAAUAAUCAGCUGUUGAACCUCACUCAUGACUUUGUGUUGUCUGGUUGCCAGGUGGUAGAUGUGAAUGGAAUAAAUUACACAGAUUGUCAAAAAAAACUCAACUUCCGUUCAGCAAGGGAGAGAUGGUGGUUCCUUGCAAUCAGUAAUUGUAGGGGCGGAGGAAUAAGUUUGGAAUACAAAAUUAAAAUGUCUAAUGGGAAAACUUUGUGGAGAAGACAUUUUUCUGCCAACCAGAUAGGCAUUCUUGAAGUACACAUACUUUCAGUAUUGUUAUUCGUAAUUGUACUUGGAGUUUGUAUAUAUUUUGCUUAUCAUUUGAAGAGAAGACAUUUGUUGCAUUCUAGCUAUCAGAUGCUAAUGGUCUCUAUAGGAGCAGAAGGUCUAGGCCAUUUCUUCCUAUGCAUUCACUUUGGCAUUUAUGCACUGAAUGGUGUAGGUUGUGAAUCUGUCAAAAUAAUCGGACGCUUAUUGCUGGUGAUCAGCUAUUUACUGCUUGUUCCAAUGCUGCUUCUAAUGAGCCAUGGAUUUACAAUUACAAGGACCAAGAUUCAUCAUUCUAGCGCUGUCACUGUCUGUUUGGUGGUGGUCACCUUUGCAAUUAUGUACACCUGGUUUUUCAUUAGUGAGAAACAUUCAACGUAUAAAAUCAUGCACCAGCAUCCCGAGAAACGGCCAUUUUAUCUGCUCUUCUUUCCAGCAUUCGCUUUCUGGUUUUUUGCAGUACCUGUUAGCAGCCUUCUUGGACAAUUUAUGAUUCCAAACUGGAAACGUGAACGUGUCAUGAGUACAGUCUUGCUGCUUUUGAAAUUCUACGUGUAUGUUGUUAUGUUGUUUCUAAUCAGGCCAUUCCAUACAAACACAAGAUUUCCCUUUCACAUUGACACCUCACGGAUUGCACUUAUGAGAUAUGCAUCAGAAUCCCAGGAAAACUUCCUAAAAUUUGGACGUCGUGUGUACAGAAAUAUCAGUGUCACAAGCUUCAUCAACAAUGAUUCCAGAGGUGCGGUUGCUAAUGGGCCAAAAAAAUCUACUUUGCAAGAGGAUGCAGAUUUGAAUAGAGAUCUCUGGAAAGAACUGAUAGUCAAAUUGAUUGCAGAUUUGGAUUUGUUAAACAGAAAGAGGUAUAACACAUUAUCUCUUUGCUCUGGAUCCGGAGGAGUCACUGUCCCAAAUGAUAAACCGCACGCUGCAGACGACACGGCAGCAGCAGACGAGGACCUGGAUUCUGCUGUCCUAUUUGGAAACCUCCGAGGAAAUAUAGUUGGAUUACGUUAUUAUACCGGUGUGGUGAGCAAUAAUGAAAUGGUUGCUCUUCAGCGAGAUCCGAACAAUCCUUAUGACAGUAAUGCAGUCCAAGUGAAUAAUGUGAAUGGUAUUCAAGUGGGACAUAUCAAACGGGAGCUGGCGGGCACCCUGGCCUUCAUCCUAGAUAAUAAACUGGCCAGGAUUGAAGGGGUUGUCCCCUAUGGAGCUAACAACGUGUUCACCAUGCCUGUGCAGCUUUCCUUCUGGGGCAAAGAGGAAAACCGCAGUGCUGUUCUGGAAAGACUGAAGAUGCACAACUUCAAACUGGCACCGCCCAACAAAGGCAGUGGGAUUGCUGAAGCCUGGUCUGGAAUGGGAACUGCAAGAGCUGGUCCAAGCUACAAAGCUCCUGUGCACACUGCUGUACAGAUGACAGCAGAACAGCUAAAGAAUGAAUUUGACAAGAUUUUUGAAGAUCUGAAAGAGCAUGAUAAGACUCGGGAAAUGGAACCAGCUAAGGCUGUCCGCACCCCGUUGCUGCCUCAUCAGAAGCAGGCUCUGGCCUGGAUGAUACUGAGGGAAAACAACACCGACCUUCCUCCAUUCUGGGAGCAGAGAAACAACAUGUACUACAACUUGCUGACAAACUUUGCAGAGAAGGAGAGGCCCGAAAACGUUCACGGAGGCAUCCUCGCCGAUGACAUGGGUCUGGGAAAAACGUUGUCGACCAUCGCAGUGAUCCUUACAAACCAUCACCGUGGAAAACCACUUCCCAUUGAAAAAUGUACAGCGGAGGAAUCAUCUGGCUACAGAGACGCAAUGGAGAAAACUUGCACACAAAGGCCCAACAAGGCACCACCCAGCACUUCUGAAGUACAGCCUGAUGCUGACAACAGAGAAAAGGUUCCUUCAGUCGAGACCACAGGAAGCGUUUCCUCAUCGGGAUUUGAUGUAUUCAGUUCAUCACAUCCUAAAAGGAAAAAAGCAGAGAAUGUUAAAUACACUUACAGCAGUGACUCGGAGAAGGACGAGGAAUGCCCCCUUCCAACGAAAAAAGUGAAAGAACAAGCGAAAGGUGUGCUAGUUAAGGAAACAGAAUGGAAACCUACAAGCAGUAGGAGAAAAGGAGUUACUGAAGGUGAAUCACACUUCAAAUGUGGCUUCAUGGAGGAUGUUGAUUUUGCAACAGCACUUGGUGGCUCAAGUUCCACCUUGAAAAAGACGAAGAAAGGUUGUACCAGCAUACAGACCAGCAUUAAAUCAACAUUCGGCACCAAGGCAAGAUCAACCCUGAUUGUUUGUCCGCUCUCUGUGCUCAGUAAUUGGAUUGAUCAGUUUGACAGACACUUGUGUCCUGAUGUGAAGCUGAAUAUGUACCUUUAUUACGGUUCUGAGCGAAAUAAGGGCACAGCUUUCCUUGCAGAACAGGAUGUGGUGUUGACAACCUACAAUACGUUAACGGUUGAUUAUGGGAGUGGAAGUGCCAGCCCGCUGCACAAAGUGAACUGGCUCCGUGUGGUACUGGACGAGGGUCACACCAUCCGAAACCCAAAUGCCCAGCAGACUAAAGCAGCACUCACUCUGAAUGCUGAGAGAAGAUGGGUGUUAACAGGCACUCCAAUUCAAAACUCCUUGAAGGAUCUGUGGUCCAUUCUUUCAUUCCUGAAGUUGAAACCAUUUACAGACAGACAGUGGUGGCAUCGGACAAUUCAACGCCCCGUAACCAUGGGGGACCAACAUGGCCUCAAACGGCUACAAGCAUUGAUAAACAACAUCACCUUGCGAAGGACCAAAACCAGCAAAGUAAAUGGCAAGCCUGUAAUCGAGCUGCCGACACGCACGGUCUUUAUUCAACAUAUCACGUUAUCCGACGAAGAGAAGCAAAUAUACGAAUCUGUGAAGAAUGAAGGUCGGGCCAUCAUUGGCAGAUAUUUCAGUGAAGGAUCUGUUUUCACACAUUACGCCGAUGUUCUGGCAAUCCUGGUCUGGCUGAGGCAGCUGUGCUGCCAUCCGCGUCUAUUUGCAAACUCUUCAGCUGUUAUGGGCUCUGCAGACAGUGCCACUCCUGAUGAACUGAGAGAGAAGUUGGUGAAGAAGAUUAAACUAGUUUUGAACUGUGGCUCUGAUGAAGAGUGCGCUAUCUGUCUGGAGUCACUAACCUUUCCUGUAAUUACACACUGUGCCCAUGUCUACUGCAAACCAUGCAUCUGUCAGGUUAUUCGAAAUGAACAGCCCACUGCCAGGUGCCCCUUGUGCAGGACAGAGAUCCGAGUGGAACAGCUGGUGGAGUGUCCCCCUGAAGAGACGGAUUCGGCACCGCUUGACAAAACCCAGCAGGCCUGGGUCUCCAGCUCAAAGGUGGAUGCCCUGAUGCAUUCCUUGAUUGAACUUCGAAAGCAGGACCCCACCAUUAAGAGUUUAGUUGUCUCUCAAUUCACAGCCUUUCUUACUCUUAUCGAAACUCCUCUGAGACAAGAAGGCUUCACCUUCACCCGCCUGGAUGGCUCGAUGCCGCAGAAGCGAAGGAUAAUCGCCAUCGAGUCCUUCCAGAGCAGCAGUCCGGGCUCACCAACCAUCAUGCUCCUCUCGCUAAAAGCCGGUGGAGUUGGACUGAAUCUCACAGCAGCUUCCCGAGUAUUCCUCAUGGAUCCUGCUUGGAACCCUGCUGCUGAGGACCAGUGCUUCGAUAGAUGCCACAGGCUGGGCCAGACCAGAGAUGUCGUCAUCACUAAGUUCAUUGUGAAGGACUCCGUGGAGGAAAAUAUGAUGAAGAUUCAGAACAAGAAGCAGGAACUUGUUGCAGGAGCUUUUGGUUCCAAAAGACAGCGGGAAAUAAAGCAGGGCCGGAUUGAAGAGAUCAAGAUCUUGAUCAACAUGUGAUACCAGUUUCUGCUGGCUUAAAUGUUUUAUUUUCUCUCUUCCUUCCAAGAAAUCUGAAUCAUUGAAAUUUUAAGAUUUUGCAGACCAAACAAAUUUGAAUGAGAAGGUAACUUUAAUACAAAAUGUUUAAUGGCUUCCAUAAGUUAGAGUCUAUAAAACAAAUCCAGUUUAAUAUAUGCGCCAGUUUGUUCUUCAGAUGGAGGAGAUGCUACAGUCAAAAGUGCCAACCCUCAGAUACGACAUUAAAACAUAGAGAUUAAAAUAAUUUUUGUCAAGGGAAAUCUAAAGAUACAUUUCUUCAUUAUUCAGCAGAUGCAGCU